UUAAAGGGAUGGACUUCUUGCUGCUGCUGUAGGAUUCUAAGUUCAGGAAGGCGGAUAUUUAAUAAGACAAUUGUUUUUGUCAAAGUAAGGUGGAAGAUGGGGGAAGUCCCCUCAUAAAAGGGCUGAGAAGUUAGUCAAUGUUGUUUCCCAUUUUUUCUCCUUAGUUUCACAGGUCAUUGUUUUGAACAAAACAUCUGGGACAAUUGGAAAUAGUCACAUAAUAUCUGGAGUUCAACGAUGGACCCAAAUCAAGAUUUGAAUAAGACAACAGAGGCACAACCAUCAAGGAAAGGAAAAAGUAAAUGCUGCGAUGGAUUCAAGGUGUUCUUGGCAGCCCUCUCAUUCACCUUUAUUUCUAGGGCACUAAGUGGAGCCAUUAUGAAAAGUUCCAUCACCCAAAUAGAAAGGAGAUUUGACAUAACAUCUUCUGUUGCUGGCUUCAUUGAUGGAAGCUUUGAAAUUGGAAAUUUGUUUGUGAUUGUAUUUGUGAGUUACUUUGGAUCUAAACUACACAGACCAAAAAUAAUUGGAAUUGGUUGUUUCAUUAUGGGCAUUGGAAGUAUUUUGACUGCUUUACCACAUUUCUUCAUGGGAUAUUACAGGUAUUCUAAAGAAGCCUUUAUUAAUCCACUAGAGAACUUAACAUCAAGCUUACCAACCUGUUCAAUUAGUCAAAAUGUGUUACUCAAAACAUCACCCGAGAAAGAGGGAAAAGGUUGGGAAAAGGAAUCUGACUCAUAUACAUGGGUAUAUGUCCUAAUGGGCAAUUUACUUCGUGGAAUUGGGGAAAGCCCCAUACAACCCUUGGGGAUUUCUUACCUGGACGAUUUUGCUAAAGAAGGAGAGACUUCUUUUUAUAUAGGUACUUUGUUUGCAAUAGGAAUGAUUGGUCCAAUCCUCGGCUUUACAGUGGGAUCUCUGUUUUCUAAAAUGUAUGUGGAUAUUGGAUAUGUAGAUCUGAGCAAUAUCAGAAUAACUCCUAAGGACUCUCGUUGGGUUGGUGCUUGGUGGCUUAGUUUCCUUUUUGCUGGAAUAUUAUCCAUUAUGUCUUCCAUACCAUUCUUUUUCCUUCCCAAAAAUCUGGAUAAACCACAGAAAGAAAGGAAAGUUUCAGUAUCUUUGCACGUGUUCAAAACAAAUGAGGAAAGGAGUCAAAUGACUUUUCCAAUAGACCAGGAGCAGAAGGUGACUGAAAACAGAACUGGUUUUUUACAGUCCUUAAAAAGCAUCCUUACCAAUCCCUUAUAUGUUUUAUUUUUGAUUUUGACAUUGAUACAAUCCAGUGCCUAUAUUGGUAUUAUUACUUUUGUCUUCAAAUACAUAGAACAACAAUAUGGUCAGUCAGCAUCUGAGACCAACAUAGUGCUUGGAUUCAUAACCAUACCAACUAUUGCCACUGGAAUGUUUGCAGGAGGAUAUAUCAUUAAAAGAUUCAAAUUUACCUUGCUUGGACUUGCCAAAUAUUUACUUUCUAUCAACGUAUUGACACUCCUACUUUACCUAUUAAAUUUUGCACUAAUCUGUGAAAGCAAAUCAGUUGCUGGCCUAACCUUGACCUAUGAUGGAAAUAAUCCAGUGUCAUCUCACAUAAAUGUACCACUUUCGUAUUGCAACUCAGACUGCAAUUGUGAUGAAACUGAAUGGGAACCAGUCUGUGGGGACAAUGGAAUAACUUACAUAUCACCUUGUCUAGCAGGAUGUAAAUCUUCAAGUGGCAAUAAAAAAUCUAUGGUGUUUCAUAACUGUAGUUGUGUAGAAGCAACUGGUUUCCAGAACAAAAGUAACUCAGUGAUUUUGGGUGCAUGCCCAAGAGAUGGUCCGUGUGUAAAAAAAUUUUAUAUGUAUAUAGCAGUGCAAAUCCUGAAUUCGUUUACCUCUUCAUUGGGAACUGUCUCAACUGUCAUGCUGGUUUUUAAAAAUGUUCAGCCUGAACUGAAAUCACUUGCAGUGGGUUUCCAUACACUCACUAUACGAGCACUAGGAGGAAUUCUAGCUCCUAUAUAUUUUGGGGCUCUGAUUGAUAGAUCAUGUAUGAAGUGGUCCAUCAGUAGCUCUGGGAAGCAAGGUUCUUGUAGGAUAUAUAAUUCCUCACUUUAUGGAAAGACCUUCUUGGGCUUGAUUGAGAGCUUAAAAUUCACAACAGUUAUUUUGUUUAUUGUAUUUAUUUAUGCUAUGAAAAAAGUAUAUCAAGGAAAAGAUACCAAGGCAUCAGAAAAUAGAAGAAAAUCUGUGAAUGAAGCAAACGUAGAAUUCUUAAAUAAUGAUGGUGGUGCUGUACCUUCUGCCUGAGCCGACUGUGAAACAGAUGUGUAAGGGUUGAAAAAAAAAGUCUUUUCUUGCUGGGUUUCCAACCAACAUUGUAUUAAUUCAAUAGGAUGUUAUUUUUGUGUAUUUUCUGGUCCUUUUACUAACUAUUCCCAUACUCUUUACAUAUGAUGGGGCAAUGAAUUACCUAUGAAUUUACAAUAAUGAAACAAACUAUAAAUGAAAAUGAAUGUGAGUACUCAUUGUUAUAUGACUGUGCAUGUGUGGUUAAGAUUAGAAUAUAUGAACCAUACAAAAAUUUUUUAAUUAAAUCUUUAUUGUUCAGAUUA